GGUGCGGGGAGGGGUGAGGCGGCAGCGGCCUCCUUACACGGCGCGACCGGGGAAACCGGGAGUGUCGGAGCCGGAGCGGGGAGAUCGGGCGAGGCGGCUGCGGCUCUGGCCGCGGGGGGAGCCGCGGGGGCACCGACCAGGCGCGCGGGACGCUCGUGCGGGCGCCUCGGUGUCUCCCGCGGCCAAGGUCGAAGUCUGUCCUCGCACCCGCGACCUCGGGGAGGUUAAUGGACGUGUGCGGGCAGCUGAAACCUGCCUGGAGAACCGACUCGGUGUCAAGUGCUGGUGUCCGGUAGCCCCCAGGUUUUGAAAGGAGGACAGCGCUGAGCGUUGCUGGCGCCUGGGCCUGUCUGGGCUCCUCGUGCUGCAGCCGCAGAAAUCCCCCGGCCCGGAAACCGGGGCGUGAGGGACCUCGCCUCGGGCUGUUGAGGCCUUUUCCCUUCUAUAAAGAAGUAAAACUUAUGGUUACAGCGAAUUUUUAAGUCUAAUCUGAAUUUGUUCUUAAUAACGUUGAAUUCCAUAAUUUACCAGUAAGCCAAUUUAGCAUGUUUACGACACCAGUGUUUGAGGCUCGUGUGGCGCCAACCAUUCAGCUUGCUUCUCGUCUUCCCUUGAUUUUCACUGUUUUUCUGCUGGUGUACUCAUCAGAUGCUUGCUGUGACCUUCACCUGUGAAUCUACACAAGCAAUCCCUUCCUCAGCUCAUCUUAGGAACUGCAUCUUGGUCCUUGUACUGCUUUAAAUUUGAGAGAAAUAACAGAACUUAACAAGCCCUCGUAACCUGCUGAGAAACAUAAUGACCGAGUUCCUGGUUUGCUUUAACUGGUGCAACGGCGAGCCGCCCCAGCCGAAGAGGCGUCAGAGACUGGACCGGGAUAUGAUAGGAGAGCCCAUGAACUUCGUGCACAACGCACACGUCGGGAUGAGAGAGAUGAGCAGUGGCUUUUCAUCUGCUGUAUCAAUUCAGGACCACAUGAAGUCUAAAGGUGGCUACACAAAUGGUACUUCUGCAACUAUUCAGAUAUAGAAAACUGAGAGAAGGCUGAAAUCUGCUCUGCCUUAUGAAGACCUCCUGGACUGCUUUCAUAUGAUCUAAAACCUCUUUAUGACGGAGUAGAGAGAGUACUUGAAUUAUAAAUAGGUCAGUGCAAGCUUUGGCAUUCUUUGCACAGUAGGUUCUGAAUAAGUUACUGUAAAUUGUCCUUAAAAUGGUCUGUUAUGGUAGUAUUGUAUUAACACCUGUAAUGCAUCACUGUGGAGGUCUUCCUGGCUCCCCAGCUGUGUCCCAAAAAGCUAUGUUGCCUUGUAGGGUGGGAUUGGAAGUUGGUACGAAUUAUCUGGGUUUUGAUCUCUCCCCUCAAGAAAUGCAGGGACUGAUUUAACUGGAAGGUAUAACUUUUUUGCACUUCCUGCGCAGGCUAAACUGAAUUUUGAAGUAGGCUCUUGUAGACUUAUAACUUUGGAGCUAAUUUUUGGAUGCCUUACAAUCUAAUGCAUUAGUCUACUGAGCUGUACUUUGGUAUUUCCUCCUGACUUUUUACAGUAAUGAACUCCAACAUGGUAUAGUUAGCUGUGUCUCAGGAGCCCAGGGAAACUUCUGCCUUGCUGUGAUAAAGCCUCUGUAACUAAAAAUCCAGGUUUUGCAAAUAUACCCACUCUAAAACAAGGCUUAAAAACCAAUAUUUCUCUCAAUUACUGGGGUGCUUCCCUUCCAUACGCACACUGGUGUAGCUGAUAGGUAUUACUAGAACAAACUUAAUAAUACGUAUCUGCUAAUUUGAAGUGGUGCUACAAAAUAUUCACAGCUGUAUGUUAAUUUUGCAUGAAUGUUUCCAAAUUUUAAACUAAAUGUAUUUCAGAUCACUCUACCUGCCUUUAACAGCAGCUACACAGGACUUCAAGGGGGAUCUCAUUUGUCUUUCUGAUUCCUUAAUUUGAAGACUGCUCUCUUAGAUGAACUGAAAUCUUAUGUAUGUUUUUUAAAUUAUACAGUUUAACUAGAUGUACAGCUUAAUUGAUAUAGUCAUGUGAAGGGCAGAGAUUGAAAGAAUACUGUGAAAACUUGCAGGAGGCCACUAAACAAAAACAAUUUCCUGCAGAGUUCCAGCAUUUCAUAUACUUUUAUAUUUAGCCAUAAUCAAGCUACAGUUUAUCAUUCUUCUCUCUUAUUAAUCUUUCUAUUAAGUGAUUAUGGCAAAACUGCUGAAAUAGAGCUCUAUUUUUAUUUUACCCAAUCACUGACAAUUGUUCCCCAGCUCAAAAUUAUGGACAACAACCAGUCCAAAAAUAUAGGAAACCUGCUUGCUGUCAUGCAAUUAACUAAAUACAAGUAUUCAAAUUCCUGCUAGAACAGCACAGUCAUGCUGGAAGUCAGUGACGCUCGCCCUUUUUGCUGUAGGCAUAAGAUCAGCUAUUAACUUUUGUUCUCUCUCAAAUAUCUGCCUUCCAAAAAUCUGGCUAGCAGAUCUCUUUAGCAAAUAUGACUCUAUUCAUGGCUUGUAAUAAUUACAAAUCUAGACUGUUUGUUUUGUUGAAGUGUUAAAUUGCCUCUUCUGCAUAUACAAGAGGAUUUAAAGUGUGAGAACGAGUUCUGUGUUUCUGUAUGUGUUCCAAAAAAAGCAUUUUCCCCUUCCCUUCCCGUAUUUCCUCUUUAAAGGCCAAAGAGGAAGAGAGAAUAUUACUUUCUGUAAUAGCGACAGAUCAUCAUCACAUUUCACAACCACAUAAAACAGAAGUCUAAUAUUCAUGUCUUGCUGGAUGCUUACUCUUGGAUUACAAUACAUACUGUAUUUUAAAUACACUUUUAAAUUAGCAUGAGUUAGGUGUAUGUCUAGCUUUUUAAACAGUCUUUCAUAAUUCUGCUGCCUUGCUAACCUCAGGUUUAUACCAAUAAGCUAGUUAGGAUACAGAAUUAAAAGAUGCUGAAUCCUAUAGACUGAGGAAGCAUGAAGUGACCAAGUAGAUUAAAAAAAUAUACUAAUUCAUCUGCCAUUAAAUUGAGUUCAUGUGUUCAUUGGUUUGCACCUGACCAGGAAGCAGAGCAGUAUUAAAUACUAGGACAGCUGAGAUGAAGAAAAUAGGUUGCAUUUUCUUAAUGCUGUAGGACAACAAACUGAAAAGGAGUUAGUAUUUCCUGAAGACCCAUUCAGUAAAUUUAAGAUUAGUGUGAUGUAUGCAUAGCUAGAAAUAAAGUUGGUGAUUGUGUCAGUUCUUCUCUUUAGGAAUAUAUCCACAGAGAAUUUUGUUAUUAACUGUUUUUAUUUAAUUUUCUUUAGAAAAAUCCUUUUCUCAAUUCUGUAAACCAAGCAGCAAUAUCUGGUGUGAAAUUAAUAUGGUCUCAGAAUACUGAUGAAAAUAGAUUAAAGUGAGCUGAAUAGUCAUAUUAUUAGAAGGAAAUAUUUUGCUGUUGUAUUAAGUGUCAUUCUCUAAAAUCUAAACAAACAUAAAAGCAUGUCUUGGGAUGUGGGUAAUUUCUUCUCAGUUGUAUAAUUGCAGCCCUUCUCUAGCUGUGAUCUGUUAUGUAACUGGCUGGUGUAAACCUAUCCAGUUUAUAAUAAAUCUGUUGAACUAA